AUGGUCGGUGAUAGAGACGCCAUUCAGGACAAUUACAACUCGGUGUCUUGCACGUCGUUCGAUACGCUUGACGCUUUAACUUCCGAUGCUAUAGUGCAACAAAAUAGCCACGAAAUAGCCGUGUCAUUGUCGGAUAAAAAUAGCGACGGUAAAGAGAACCGUGUGCCUCUUAUUGGGGAUAAUUGGGGUCAUCCAAACAUUACCAUGAGACGUCGAAGUCGAAAAUCAGCCGAUCUACAUGCUUUCACUUCCAAUUCCGAGCCACCUGUCUCGUCGUCGAUUCUUGGGAAACGUUUAGCUUCAAAUACUUCUUUAGGAACUUUCAAUGAGAGUGAGGAAAGUGAUUUUGAUGCAGACAGAGCGCAUCGUGUCUCGUUAGAAUCUUCCAAAGCUACGACGCACUUUGAAGCACGAGCGUCGGCACUUCAUACCGAGUUGUUGGAUAUAGGGCCGAAGACUGGUGGCUCGAUUUUCGCCUCAUUGCGAGUGGAUGAUUAUAAUCAUAUUCCAGAACUACACUUUGGCUCUGUAGCCGUCGGUGACCGAAGAAGCAGACAAUUGAUUAUAGAGAACACGAAAGAGAUUGGAAACGCGAGAGUAAAAUACGAUGGACAUGUCUUGAUAUCCAGGUCAUCCGAAUUGUUACAGAGCAAAACAAGGUUUAAAUGUGAUCUUCACGUCUGUGUUGUGGGCGCGCUUAAGUCUGUGACCUUACGAGUGACGUUUGAGCCUUUUUCGUCAGAUGUCGGUCGACAGGUUAUGGCUAUGCUAAAGUUCACAGUAAAUGACAAACAUAAGCUUCAAUGUCGAGCAAUAGGAGAUGUGACUCCACGCGUGCCAAAGUUAUCGAAAGUAAUUCGAGGAGAAUCGGUACCCGAUUCGGAAGUUGUAGCGUCUAAAAGGCGACGGUCCUGGAAACCGGAAGAAAAAAGCGGACAAUCGACGUCGGAUAUGUCUUUUACAUCAAAAAUAAGCUUGUUAAACGAUUGGGAAUUCGGAACGAAAGAACGACCAACAGUGGGGCAUAAACGAAGUUCGAGUGUUGCGAUUGAUAUCUCACCUCCACAAAAUGGUGUGAAAAAGAGAAAAAUUGAACCAAUGAAAGCUUUGAUAUCGAAAACAAAUGCUGGUAAGGUCUAUGCGGGGUCUUGGUGGAAACAGCGCCAGACUGUUUAUGAUGAGAGUUGGAUGGCGAAACAGAGGGAAGGAUUUACGAAGUGGAUUAAUUACGUGCUGUUGAAUGAGCGACUGAGCGAUUGUGACGCACAGGGUAAACACGAGGAACAAGAUGUCAGAAAUAGGUUCGACUUUUCGUCUCUGCGUGUGCUAACUCAAAAACGGAUGGAAUCUAAGUGGAUGCAAGCUGCUGUCGAAUUGUAUCAGUCUCCAAGCAUGGAAGACAUCUUAUUUAAUUUGCAGGAUGAAAUUGGAAACAAGGGGCUUGAAUUUCGUUCCGACCGUCCUGUGUAUGCUGACGUAGGCUUGCAAGAAGAACUGAUUAACUUGCUCAACAAUUAUCAUCCAGUGUGGCUUUGUUUGGGUCUCUAUGCAGUUCUUGGAUGUCAAAUUAUGAAAGAAGAAAAAUGCUCGCUUCGUGCCUUGUUUAAGGUGACAACUAUUUCACUUCAUGAUGCCCAAAAAAAUUCUUAUAAUGAAAGAAAAAUGCCGCAAAUACUACGACGAAUCAUUGUUAAGCACCUAAUUAAAGACUCACAUGUAGCUCAGAACUACCGCUUGGUUCAGCACUUGAUGACCCCAAUAGAUGGUUCUACUGCAGAUCGUCAUGAUGGUGGCAAUGUUUUUAUAAAUGAGAAGAAAAAUAUCAAUGGUCGUGAGUAUUUUGACGCUUUAACGCAGUCAUUCAUGCUUAAAUUUUUUAUGCUCGUAAUGUUUUUGGAUCGCGCAAUCGAGCGCAAAAAUGACACAUUUAUGCAAUUUCCGUGUCUGUUUCGAAUUGCACCUAAGACGAAGAAAUCUGCUUUUGCUCAAGCGCAGGAUGUUCACGAUAGAAGUCAAGACGAUGUAGUCUGGGUCAAAAAUUCCCAAGUGUUUUUGACAGAGUUUUGUCGACUUUUUCUAGCGAAUGAAGGUCGUAUUGACAAGCAUUUGAAACUCUUAGGCUAUACACUAAAGUACGAACAAACUUCACUAGAUGAGAUUGAUCUGGAGGUGACAAACCUGUAUACAGAUUUGUGUGACGGCGUUCGACUAGCUAAGUUAAUUGAGGCGCUGACAACGCGGUCAUUGUCUUUCGAUAAGAAAAGUGGGGAUGGCAGGAUCAUUCGAAGUUUGUCGACAUUUUUACGGGUGCCUGCACUGUCACUAUUACAAAAAACACACAACGUCGAGAUAUGUCUGCAUUAUCUUCAAGACAAAUGUGGUACAUCCAUCUUUGAUACGCUUUACAGUAGUGACAGUAAGAUGGAUGAAAAGCUUAAAAUCAAUGGUCGUGUCCGUGUUUCUGCAUCUGGAUUCGCUGGUUUACAAAGCAGAGUGAAUGAGCAGAUGGUGAAAUCGCUCGCCAAAGAAAUUGUGAGUGGUCAUCGAGAGAAAAUUCUUGCGUUGCUGUGGCUACUGAUCAGUUGCUUCCAGUUGCAAUCUCUUGUUGAUGCUUCGACCAUGAGACGGGAGAUUGAGAAUGUCGUUAAGCGAAUGAGCUUUCGUGCGAAAAAUUUCUUCGAUUCGCAACAGCAGAUAGCACCUCUGGCUCACACGAACGAACAUGAAUGCUAUACGCUGUUGUUAGAGUGGUGUCGCGCUGUGUGUGCCAACUAUGACGUAGAGAUUUGUGACUUUUCUGGAUCAUUUGCUGAUGGCAAGGCCCUUUGUUACCUUCUUCAUUAUUACCAUCCGAUGUUACUAUCGAAAACUGACGUGUUGCCAACAACUAGCGAUGUUCGGGAUGAAAAGAGUAAGGAUAUGAAUGAGAAGUCAUUACUUAUGAAUGAGCAGCGGCACUUUGCGAUUGUUAAUGAUCGCAUUAAGCAACUGGGAGAAGUACCAGUACUUAUGCCACAGCAGUACAACAGCAGGAACCCUCCAGAUGAUAAGAUGGUGGUCACAUUCGUAUGCUAUUUGCAAUCGCGUCUGAUGGACUCAUACGGCGAAAUUCAUGCUGCAUCUAGAUUAAAGCGGUGGUGGCGAAGCCCCUUUAUUCGGCUACGACUGUUUCGUCAAAAGUCUCGCAGUGCUCGUGUGGUGCAGCGGUUUUGGUUCACCUCAAGCCAAAAACGACUGGCAAUACGUCAAUGCCGCAAACUUCUUCGAGCAGCAUAUACCGUUAAACGAUCAGUACAAACAUUUGCAUUAAGGAAGCGAUUCAUUCGACUGAGAAAAUAUGUGAUUGCGAUUCAGCGGGCCUUCCGUUUGCGUCAGCAUUUGCGUGAUAAUGUAAUUAUGCAAGAGGCAGCUUCGGUAAUUCAGAUAUACUGGCAAAAGCAUUUUGAGUGGACUCGCGGGAAAACUCGAAUUUUACUUGAAGUGAGACAACAAAAGGUUGCACAGGAGAAAAUGAAAUUGAGCUGUUUUGUGAUUGAGAAAAACUGGCUGCAGUAUCUGUCAAAGGAGGCAGCUCGACUGUAUCGACAGCAAUUGAUUGCUGACCGUCAGGCUGCUGUUAGUAUUUUUCAAGCUGCUUGGCGACAUAGAAAAUGUCGUUUUGUAGCACGGAAGCAACGUCAGGAAAUGUGGCGACAGCUGCAUUUCGCAGCGCGAAUAUUUCAGCGAGCUUGGGCUUUCCGAAAAAUUCGAGAGAAGAUGAAACGACGCGUUGCUUUGCAGCGGUAUGAGCAGAUGUUGAGAGACAAGGAGUUUCAAGUCAAGCGCGUUGAGCUGAAACAAAAGGUGGAGACACGUGCGGCCACGAUUGUUCAAAAAGUGUUUCGUGGGUUUUUACUCAAUAAGCGAGAAAUAGCGGCGACGAAAAUGGCCUGCGUAUUUAGAGGUGUGAAGCAGCGACAGCUCUUUCACAGACAAAAGCAGGCCAUAAAACGUAUUCAGCGGAAUGUCCGGGUUUGGCGUCGAGCGAAUCAAUUGAAUGCACUGAAACAGUUAUAUAACAAGUUUUUGACGUAUCAGCAAAUGAAGAUUCAGGAAGCACAGAAACGCUCUUUGCGACUCCAAGCGCUGAAGUUUAAAGUGGAAAUGCGAGCAUCUUGCCGCAUCAAGACAUUCUUUCGACGGUCUCGUCAUCGAAAACAAACAUGUGCCGCAACAAUCAUUCAAGCUUCGUUUCGAGGCUGGGCGGCUAGGACUUGGUACCGUACACUUUGUCAUUGUACGUGUUUAAUACAGAGAAACGUUCGCGUGUGGCGACGUCAAAAUCAACUACGUGCGCUUCUGUUGUUUCAAAAGAUGCUAUUAAGCUAUCGGCGCCAGCAACGUGAGGAGGAGGAAUUUCUUAUGAAUCUUCGUCAGGACCGUCUUCGGCGACUACGGAAUAUAGUGCUACAUCGUUCUGCUUUCCGCAUUCAAUCCGUCUAUCGUGUCUAUGCUCAUCGUAAGCGAAUGCUGGCUGCAAAAAUUCUACAAACAGCUUUUCGUGGAUUCAUAGUGCGACUUCGAUACAUCAGUACUUACUCUAAUUUGAUCAGAAUUCAACGUGCAGCCCAUGCGUGGGUUGCAAGGAUAAAGUUUCAACAAAGGUUGCGAAUGCACCGUGCAGUCGUGAGGAUUCAGAAACGUAUUCGUGGACGGAAUUCUCGCCGUUAUCAAUUUGAUUUCUAUACUUUGAAGACGCAAUUACAGAAGCUACGUAUACACGUGUCGUGCUGGCAGAUUGAGUUUUGGUAUGAAAAGUGCAUACGGAAGUACAGAAGGAAACGGAUGUUGGUGAUGCGCGCCCACUGGACGCGUUUAAGCUAUUGCCUUCUUUUCAAGCGUAGAACAGAAGUCAAUCGAAUUGAAACUUGCUGGCGGUCGUAUCGUCUGAGGAAAAUUUUAAAUGAUCGAGUUGAAUACAAAUAUCAUCGCAAUAUUGCAGCGCAGCAUAUGCAAGUGUGGUGGUUGGAGCUGUGUUGUAAGUGGGCAGAACGGAAACGGCGAAUUGAUGAGAAGCACCAGCAAAAGAUUAAGGAGAUAGCUAUCACGAUGGGGAGAACGCGUGCUGAACGUAAAAUUGCAUUGUGGCUUCGUGAAAAAGUGGUCGCUCCUCAUCGUGCACAUUACAAUUUCAUUAAGGCGGUACGAAGAGUUCAAGCGUCGUGGCGUGGCGCUAUGGUACGCUUGUAUAAAUGCACGGAGGAGAUCACUCAGCAGCGGAAAAAAUUGUGUACGAUGAAAUUAGUUGAACAGGAGGCUGAUGCUAGUACAAAUUUGUCUUCGAAAAGUUUGGAGCGAUUAAGAGUCGAGGUUCGAGAUGAAUCAAAUGCACAGACAAAGCCACCUCAAACGCUGGGUACACGACUGGAUCUUGCCCUGCACAUGCUUAUUUAUGGUGAGCGUCUUCAAGACAUGCUGUUUGCAAGUUACACGAUUGAAGUAUGCACGCGCUACUCUCGGGAAUGCUGUCGUACUUGUGUACAGCUCCGGAUCUCGUCGACUAUUUUCGGUGCAAUUCGUGGAUUAAAUAGAAGCCGUCCACAUGUAGAACUCUUACAUCAACUACUGCUUGUAUUGAGGAAUCUGACAAUGUAUCGACGAUCAGCAGACAAGAAAAAGAAGGAGCCAUUAAUGGAUACGAAAGAUGCAAAGAAACGUUUGGACGUGGAUUUGCGUGCGUUGGAUACGCUCGUAGACUUGCUGCAUAUUCAUCGCGACAUGCAUCAUGUCUUUGUGCUUUCGGCAAAGGUGAUCAUGUACUAUUUGGAACGACUGCGGCCCUUUGUAAGUACACAUGAAGACGUGAACGAAAGUUGGAGUGGAGCAGAGAAACGAUUGACUGGUCUACGGGAACUGCUGAUGAGAAAACUGGCACUGUACAACGCAACGGCUUCAUUUCGACGUGCGAAUCGGAUUUCGGAUAAAUCUGCUGCGAACAAUCUCAUGCGGAAGGUGGAUCCAAAGACUGCUGUUUCUAUUAUGGAACAGAUUAUGCGUUUGGUCGUACGCUAA